AUGUCGAAACUAUUCAUCGGUGGGCUUGCAUGGCACACUGAAGAUGCCACGCUCAGACAGAAGUUUGAGGAAUUCGGUCCCGUUGAGGAAGCGGUUGUCGUCAAAGAUCGCGACACUGGUCGAAGCAGAGGCUUUGGAUUCGUCCGAUACGUGAACGAGGAAGAUGCACAGAAAGCUAUUGCAGGUAUGAACAACGUUGAAUUCGACGGACGAUCUAUCCGUGUCGAUAGAGCAUCCGAUACUGGUCCUCGAGGCGGUAGUGGACGGGGUGGUGGGUACCCGCCUAGGGGUGGGUACAUGCAGCAACCUCAGAUGCCCUACGCUGCUGGCCAGCCGGUUGCGUACGGGAUGCCGAACCAAGUGAUGUACCAACCGGCCUACGGACGCGGAGCAGGUUACCCGCAGCAUAGUUACGGAACACCCCCACCUCAAGGCUAUGCACCCUACGGCUAUCCGGACCAACAGCAAGCGGGUCAACAGCCCCAGCAUCAACAGCAACCGCCUCAGGGGCAGCCGCCGUACCAGUAG